CCGGCACACUCCCUCGUUUGUUGUUAAACGUGCUUGCAGCCGAAAUGGUCUGCUGAGGUUAAGUUUACUCUAACAUUAGUUUUUAAAAGAAAUAUUGAGUAGUUAUAAUGACUGUCAUGUGCCGUUUGGUACGUAGACAAAUGUCUCAUGGAAACACCAGGGCCCUGGCCUCUUACCUUUUGCAACGACAGAAAUCGGGUUUAGCGGAUCCCAUUUCAUCUUUUCCUCAGACAUACUUUGUGUCACAAAAACAUACUAGUAAAAAUGUGUCCCAUCCUCCUCCUCCUCCUCAAAGAAACAAAUAUUUGUCUUACCCAGACAUGUUACAAAUUAGACGGGAAGAGGCCCAAAGAACUAUCUUGGUGGAAAUUGAAGGGAUUAAAGACUCUGGUGGCCUCAGGACUUUCUGCGAACAAUUCGGACGUGUAAAGAAAUACUACCUUUACAGGUCGUCUGGAAAGAACUUUGUAUUAGUGGAGUUUGAGAAUGGAUUAGCAAAGAAUUCUGCUAUUAACACCUGCCUCCAUUCUAAAGACCCACAAUCUAUACCUGUCACAUCGCCUUUUCUCUACUACUUUCACUCAGAAACCUCUUCUGGUAACAUCCUGCCAGACAGCACAAAAGAUCUCCUUUCUAAUGAUGAUCUAAUUCUUCAAGAACUCCAGAGUCUUCAAUGUAAUGAAAAAAGUCGCCUACAAACAGAAAUAAGCCAUUUGCACAAGAAAUCCCAAAUAUCUGAUUUAAGUGUUAGACUUCGCUUCUUUACUUGCCAUCAAUUGGACUUAGCUCUGAGUGGUCUAUUUUCUGGGGUAAGAGCUCUUCCUUUUGGAUCCUCAUUGUGUGGAUUUGGACGUAAUUCAGGAGAUCUUGAUAUUUUCCUACAUUUUAGAAAAAGACUGCUCGCGAAUAACAAUGCUAGUAAAAAGUCUCAGUUAUACUUCCUCACCAAAGCCUCUAUUAAAGAGAAGAAUCUACAACUAAAACUCAUUGGUGACUUGAUAAGUAUUAUGUUGCCCGGGUGCACAGGAGUCAAUAGCAUUCUUUCUGCCAGAGUGCCAAUAAUAAAAUACAGACAUUCACUAUCAAAUCUUGAAUGUGACGUUAACAACAGCGCAGCGUCUGGAAUUGAUUUGACACACAUUUUGUGGCUAAUGAACCACUGGGAUUCAAGACUGGCUCCUCUUGUAUUUGCAAUCAGGAUGUGGGCUGCACAAAACAACAUUUGUGUCAAAAAACCUGGUCCAUUACUAACAAACUUUGCCUUGACAAUUAUGAUAAUAUUUUUCUUACAAAGUCAGAAUAUAUUACCAAGCUUACAUUCUCUACAAAAUGUGAAAGGUGCAGCACCUAGCUUGGAUCCUCGAUCAGAUUUGGUAUUCCCAGACAUUAAGAAAAUACCUCCAAAUAUGUUAUUAACAACCAACUCUAGUAAAGAUGGUGUUGAUACAUUGUUAUUUUCUUUCUUCAAUUUCUACUCUAACUUUGAUUUUGAAAAGCAAAAAAUAUCCAUAUACCAUGGAAAAGCUGUACCAAAAGUAUUAGACAAACCUCUAGAAAUUGAGAAUCCAGUUGAUCCAUCUCUGAAUAUAUCUCAAAAUGUUUCCCGGGAUGGCUUGAAGAUGUUAAAGAGGGGUCUACAAGAUGCUAGAACAGCUUUAGGGGACAAUUACGCAUCACUAAGUUUGAGAGUUAUUCUACCUAAUGUUAAUUUACCACCAGGCGUACCACUGAAUGAGUCAAGGCCUCACUCUAUUAAGAACAAUAGAUAUUUAUAAAUCUCAAUAGCAAAUAGA